AAAUAAGACGAGACCAUCCUUCAGCUCACCCCUGGAUCUCACAGAAACCAGUUGAAUGUUAUGGGCUACAUCUUGCUUGUUUACUCCAAACCAGUUGCUUGCAGGAGAGCAGGAUUUGGGUCCGGGGUAUUUAACAUGGCUCUUCCGGUCUCAUUAAUCACUAGAUGGUAGAAAGCGUGAGAUCUAAAUCCGUGACCGCUCCCUCGGGAGAUCCGGGGCUGAGGCGGCUAGGAUUUUAGCAGUACACUGAUUAUAUACCCGCGUUGCCUACUUAACCAAACUGCACCCGAGGGCUAAAUUAACUGACCUAAAUAAUUCAGAUAUCCCACACAGAAUGAAAGGCGAGAACCCCUGCAUUGUUCUGGAAAUAUGCAAUUUAAUGCAGAUAGCCACAGAACACCUUAGUCAAUUUCAAAUCCCGCCUCCCCGCUUUCACUUGCUCUACAGGAAAACCAGCCUGUGAGAAAACCCUUGUCUGUGUGAUAUUGUUGCUUGCACGGUAAGGAUCCCUCUCACACCUACACAGAGGUGCUGCUGUGCCUCCAGAUGUCAUGUCCCAGAACCUUGUGUUUCAGGAGGGAAGUUCGAGAAUUUCCAACCACAUCUUCACCAAGUGUUUGGAGAGGAGUCCCCGAGCGAUGCGUCCAUCCAUCUGAAGAAACGCCCACCGAUGACCCCUAGAGCUUCCGGAGGGGGUUGCUGGGGAUGUGUAACCUGGAGAGCCUCAUUGGGUUUGUGGCCACAAGGGAGAAUCCCAGCAGGCAUAGACUCAAUCCUGAGCUUUCAACAGCUUGAGAACCUACACUGUGAGCCACUGCAACUUCUGCAGUUCAUCAGCAUGGGGAGAGAGGACAAGGAAGAACAGGACAUCCCUAGCUCAUAAGAAUAAGUGCAUUACAGAGCACAGGAUCUACCAGCAAAUGGAUACUCUAGUGUCCCUGGACUCCUGGAAGGGGAACUUUCUUCUUGGCUGGAUCCUGUUACAUAUAACUGAUUUGGGCAACAAUUUGAGAAUUCUGUGAUUUUACUCUCCAAUCUCUGCAGCUGUUAAACCUCCUAGAAAAACUGGAAACGUGCCUUACAUGAAAACGUGUGAACCAGGCAAAGAAGGAAUAUGAGUGAAAAUCCCGAAGACUCACCAGUAUGUGACGCCCAAUGAUGAGCAGUAGCUACUGCAGCAACGCUUCAGCCAGCAUGAGUGUCAACGAAGUGUCUGCCUUCUCACUGACUUUAGAGCAAAAAACUGGCUUUGCCUUCGUAGGGAUUCUGUGCAUUUUCUUGGGACUACUUAUUAUUAGAUGCUUCAAAAUCUUAUUGGACCCCUAUAGUAGCAUGCCAUCUUCCACUUGGGAAGAUGAAGUCGAGGGUCUUGAUAAAGGAACGUUUGAAUAUGCUCUUGCAUGAAAACUCAAAAGAGUAUCCUGCCUUACUUUUGAUGUUGAUUUCAUUUUGAAAACCUAGUGCUGAUACAUUUGUACUAUAUACCUAUGUUUUGAAGAUAUGAUGGUGGCAUCCAUUUUGCUAAAUAAAUAUUCAUUGCAGGUUCAUAAAAGCAUUUAAUGCUGCUUUUAUUUUGGGAAUUGACCUUUUGUGGAGCUGUGGGUAAGAAACAGUUAAUGUCAAAGAAAGACUUCAGGGAGAUGAUUCACUAAACAUUCAGUGAGGAGGAGGGGCAGAGAAAUCUCUUGAGAAUCAGACCUCUCACCUG